UUAGAUACUGUUCAGACCAUCAUUUUUUUUUUUUUGGUGAUAAUUAUUGUUUCUUGGUAUAAUGCUACUUGAUUUUUAAUUUCUUUUAAUAAUGAGCCGUCACAUGUCUCGAACUCGUAGUAUUGUUUCUAACUUUUAGUUUGGGGGUAUGAUUCUAAUUAUUAAUUGUAGAAAGAGAUAUAAUGUUUCACAACAUAGGUGGCAAGAAACGAAAGGGGAUUUGCGAGUGCGUAAGGUGGCAUUCUGCAUGGAUGCCGCGUGUCCCGUCACAAUCCUGUAAUUAGGCGCCAGCAAGCAGGGCAUUUGUUAAAUUCCUCCAGGUCCGCCACGCAUAACUACACAAACGAAGUGUCGGUUGCUUGAGAGCGCAAAAUGGAGAGCCAAGCGGUUGAGACGAGUACUGCGGUCGGCGCAGGAGACGAGGCGGCGCCCGUGCAGGUGCAGGAGCAGGAGCAAAUGCCGCCGGUGCUGGAGGAGAAGAAGCAGAUGAAGGUGUUGGUGGCCGUGGACGAGAGCGACGAGAGCUUCUACGCUCUCCAGUGGGCUCUCGACCACCUUUUCCCGUCCCCGGCGGUUGCCGCCGGCGUUGCGGCGGUUGCGGAGCCCAACCAGGAGUUGGGAAUGGUCACCGUUACUCAUGUUCUGUACCCUUUCCAGACCUACGUCCUUCCGGCUGGACCUGCGGUGAUUGCGUCAUCAACAGUGGUGCAAUCCGUUAGGACAGCCCAAGAAAAGAAUGCAGCUGCGUUACUAUCUCGUGCAUUGCAGAUGUGCCAACAAAAGAUGAUUAAUGCAGAAACUUUGAUUCUUGAAGGGGAUGCCAAGGAGAUGAUUUGCCAGGCUGCAGAACAAAUGCAUGUUGAUCUUGUAGUAGUAGGUAGCCGUGGACUUGGCAGGGUGAAGAGAGCCUUUCUGGGGAGUGUAAGCGAUUACUGUGCGCAUCAUGUGAGGUGCCCCAUUCUCAUUGUCAAGCCACCGAAGUAGUGAAGCCGCCAAUGCCAACGGUUGUUGCUGUCAGCUCAAAGUAUGGAUCAGUGAUUUUGUAAAAACUUAAGCGGUACCUUCUAAUAUUUUAAGGCAAGCUGAACUCUUUUCUAAGCAAUCAUAACUCUGAAGUUUCAGUUGCUACAUAUAUAUAUAUAUAUAUAUAUAU